AUGCGUGAGGAGUUUGACGCCCUGCAGCGCAACCGUACGUGGCAGCUUGUCCCGCGGCCUCCCCGUGCCAAUGUGAUCACUGGCAAGUGGGUAUUCCGCCACAAGACUCGCCCCGACGGCUCUCUUGAGCGCUACAAGGCGCGUUGGGUGGUGCACGGCUUUCGCCAGCGUGCCGGCGUGGACUUCACCGACACCUUCUCCCCGGUUGUCAAACCAGGCACGAUUCGCGCUGUCCUCCAGCUUGCUGUUUCUCGCGCCAGGCCAGUUCACCAGCUCGAUGGUCCAGCCACCGCGUACCUCCUCAUGUACGUCGACGACAUCAUCCUGACUGCCUCCUCGCCAGCGCUCCUUCAGCAAAUCACAGCUCGCCUCAGCACUGAGUUCGCCCUCAAGGAUUUGGGGGCUCUCCACUACUUCCUCGGCAUCAAAGUUGUGCGCCGGGCUCCUGGCUUCUUCUUGCAUCAGCAGAAGUAUGCCUACGAGCUUCUGGAGCGAGCGAGCAUGCUUAAUUACAAGCCUGCUCCUACGCCUGUCGACACGAAGGCUAAGGUGUCCGCCGUCGAGGGAUCUCCGGCGUCCGACGCUCCCUUCUACCGCUCCAUCGUCGGUGCGCUUCAGUACCUCACACUGACGCAUCCGGACAUUCAGUACGCUGUCCAGCAGGUGUGCCUUCAUAUACAUGCUCCUCGUGAUACUCAUUGGGCUCUGAUGAAACGUAUCCUUCGAUACAUACGUGUCACCACAGCUAUGGGUCUCACCCUGACGGCAUCACCUGACACCAGCCUUGUCGCCUACUCCGACGCCGACUGGCCUGGGUGUCCCGACUCUCGACGCUCCACUUCCGGCUACUGCGUCUACCUCGGGCCCUCUCUGAUUUCGUGGUCGUCUAAACGACAACCCACGGUCUCACAAUCGAGUGCCGAGGCCGAGUACAGGGCCGUGGCCAACGCCGUUGCGGAGUGCUCUUGGCUACGACAACUACUUCAGGAGUUGCUAUGCGAGGUUACCAAGGCGACGCUUGUUUACUGUGACAACGUCUCCGCGGUGUAUCUCGCUGCCAACCCUGUCCAUCACCGACGGACGAAGCAUAUUGAGCUCGACAUUCACUUCGUCAAGGAGCACGUCGCACCUGGUCGUGUUCGAGUUCUCCAUGUGCCCACCGAUCAGCAGUUCGCCGAUGUCAUGAUGAAGGGACUACCCACCUCGACGUUUGAGGGCUUUCGUCUUGGAAUUGGGGCAGAUUUCUCGAUUUCUGCUCUGUGUAUGAUGGAUAGAUUGAAGAUCGUCGACUAG